GCCAUUCAUUUCCUUUUUGAAAUCCUUUCAAGAAAAAAAAGCAAUUUGGCGCCAUUUCUUAUAAUUUCGAUAAUUGUUUCUUUUGGAGGGAUAUGGAGUGGAUUCAGUUAUUGAUUGGAGAACUUCCAGGAGUAGGUACUCUGAACGUAUAUUUAUCAUCUCAAGAUACUGUCCGUGACUUGGAAAAAUUGAUAUGGAAAAGGUUAGGUUAUAGUUGGCCUCUUAUAUUUCUAUAUGGCGGCAAAAUAGUUGCUGCUGAAGAAAGACUUGUUCGGUUUGUUAGCGGUUCUUUUCUACAAGCAAGACCUUUAGGUGUUUUAAAAGGAGGUAAAGGCGGUUUUGGUACACUUUUGAGAGGCCAAGCAGCUUUUCGUAAAAAGUCUCGAAAUGUUUCGGCUUGCAGAGAUUUGGAAGGUCGUCGACUUCGUGACGUGGAAGCAGAAAAGAGACUUACCAAAUGGUACGCAGAAAGAGAACAAGGCAAAAGUCAGAUGGGGAAUUCCUAUUCACAACAAGCAAGAAGAAAUGAAGAAAGCGAACAAACCAAAAGGCAACACGAAGAGAUAAAAGCACAAGUUGGCAAUACUUGUAGAACAGUGGAAGCAAACACUGAAAGUGCUGUGGUCAAAGGUCUUGCGAUGGCCACAAAACGAAAACGAAACUUUACAGAAAGUAGCAAUGAACAGCGUGGAGAGAAAAAUGUAGCAGACCAGUCCAAAAGGAGAUGGAUACUUCCAACUUUCGAAGACUCUAGUGACGAAGAUGAUAAUAUUGAGUCGUCAACUUGUGUGCAAGGGAGUCAAGAAAACUCAGUGGAACUUGACAAUUUGUUAUCUUCAUCUCUACCUAUAGCGAAUAUUUCGGGAUAAAAGCAGCCAAUAAAUUUAUCUGACUUUGA